AUGGCGGCCACUGUCCCACGACAGCCGUUGCUGCAGCUUCCCAAUGUCGCGGGGGCGGAGGCGGCGGAGAAGAGGUUCUGUUCGGUCUCCAUCUUGUCCAAAUCACCACCCGCUGUUCCGGCGUUGUCGAGCCACCCGGCUCAGUCGCCUCCACCGGUGGUGGCCGUCCGCCGCCGGCUGAACCCGCUCCAAAAGCUGGCCGCCGCGGCCUUGGACGCCCUAGAGAGGAAGGUCGUGGCGGAGCUGGAGGCGAAGGGGCCGCCGCUCACCUCUACCGUCGACCCGGCGGUACAGAUCGCCGGUAACUUCGCGCCAGUAGCGGAGUCACCGCCGCGGCGCGACCUCCAGGUGCAGGGGCGCAUCCCCGACGACCUCCGCGGUGUCUACGUCCGCAAUGGCGCCAACCCCCUGCUCCCUCCCGCGGGGCGCCACCACCUCUUCGACGGCGACGGCAUGGUGCACGCCGUAUCGUUGACUGGCCCCGACACGGCCAUCUACAGCUGCCGCUUCACCCGCACGAGCCGGCUCCUGCAGGAGGCGGCGCUGGGCCGGGCCGUCUUCCCCAAGGCCGUCGGCGAGCUCCACGGAAUCUCCGGCCUGGCCCGGCUGGUCCUGUUCCACCUGCGCGCCGCCGCCGGCAUCGUCAACUCCGCCGCCGGCGUGGGCGUGGCGAAUGCAGGGCUCGUCUACUUCGACGGGCGCCUCCUCGCCAUGUCGGAGGACGACCUCCCCUACCAGCUCCGCAUCACCGCCGACGGCGACCUCCACACUGUCGGCCGCUACGACUUCGCUGGCGAGCUCCAGUCGUCGAUGAUCGCCCACCCGAAGAUGGACCCGGUCACCGGCGAGCUCUUCUCCCUGUCCUACGACGUAGUGGCGAAGCCCCACCUGAGGGCCUUUCGGGUUAGCCCCUCCGGUGCAAAGUCCCCCGAUGUGGCCGUCUCCCUCGAGAAGCCCACCAUGAUCCACGACUUCGCCAUCACCGAGAACUACACCAUCAUCCCCGACCACCAGGUUGUCUUCGAGCUCCCGCAGAUGCUUCGCGGGGAGUCCCCACUCCGCCACGAUCCCCAAAAACGGGCCAGAUUCGGCGUCCUCCCCAAGUACGGCGACGAUGAGUCUGCCAUCCGCUGGGUAGACGUGCCUGACUGCUUCUGCUUCCACCUGUGGAACGCAUGGGAGGAGGAGGCCGACGGCGGCGGCGCCGCCACCAUCGUCGUCAUCGCUUCCUGCAUGUCCCCGCCGGAUGCGCUCUUCUCCGAUCGCCGGAGCGAGCCUUUCAGGAGCGUGCUUUCGGAGAUCCGGCUCAACCCCACCACCGGGAAGUCCUCCCGGCGAGUCAUCGUCCCGGAGACCAACCUAGAGGCCGGCCAGGUCGACCGCCGGCGGUUGGGGAGGAAGACCCGCUUUGCGUACCUCGCCAUUGCAGAGCCCUUCCCCAAAUGCUCCGGCAUCGCCAAGGUCGACCUGGUCACCGGCGACGUGACGCGGUUCCCCUACGGCGACGGACGGUUUGGUGGGGAACCCACAUUCGUGCCGGCGGACUCCACCGGCGGCGACGGCGACGUGGAAGACAGAGGUUACGUGAUGGGCUUCGUCUACGACGAGAACUCGAACCAGUCAGAGCUCCUGAUCCUCGACGCGUCCACUAUGACCGAGCUGGCCUCUGUUAGGUUGCCCAGCCGAGUCCCCUACGGCUUCCACGGCACCUUCGCCAGCUACGGCGACCUGCAUCACCAGCGCUAG